AUGAAUGCAAAACUUCUGGCGUCCUGUGAACUGCGGCCCGGCAGUGCCGACACCGACGUAGACGCCCCGGUGGCCCUGCUGCAGCCGUUCCCUCGCCUGCCGCGCGAGCUGGCAACGCCGCCCGUGACGUCAGAGCUGGGUGGGGGCAGCCGCGCGCUGCGCGCGCCCCGGCUGUCGGUGCGGCCCAGUUGUGACGCAGCAGCCGUACGGAGAGCGGUGCGCCGCCAGAGCAUCUCUUCUCCGCGAGAGUACCAGAGGAAGGAAGGACCACCCACCAUGUCGGCAGUUACGGAGGUUCAGAACAACACAACCGAGGCCCUGGCCGCCCUGGUAGACGGGGGUGAAGACGCCCUGGUGACGCUGGUGGCGGGCGAGACGAGGGUGGCGGCUCACAGGGCCGUGUUGGCAGCCGCGAGCCCCGUGUUCGAAGGUAUGUUCGCGCACGACAUGCCGGAGGCCAGCUGCGGCCAGGUGAGCAUCGAAGACGUGGAGGGCCCGGUGCUGAGGCUCCUGGUGGCCUACGCGUAUACCCUGCAGGCCCCCCAGCUGCCCGACACGGCCGCCCAGCUGCUCUCGGCGGCCGACAAGUACGGCUUGUCGGCCCUGAAGGCUGCCUGCGAGCGGCAGCUGAUCUCGCAGUUGGCCGUCGAGACCGCAGCGGCGACGGCCGUCAGGGCAGUGAGGCACUCGUGCCCGGACGCCACGAUGGCUGCCGUCGCCUUCAUAAAGGACCACCUGCAGGUGGUGGCCACGCGGGGCUGGGCGGACGCUGUGCUUGAGUAUCCACAAGAAGUCAACGAAGUCGUCCGUCUGCUCAGUGAGCCACCAGCAGAAGCCAGCUCGCCGACCGCCACAGGGGGCGGAUCCACCCCCAACUCUGACUGUCAACCCCACAACGGCCACAGCCAGACUCCUGCUGCAGCUGCGCCUCCCACGUCUGCCCGACACACCCCUCCACCUGAUGACGCAGCUCUCUCUAGCUUCCGCGCACCAGUCGUUACGGAGCUGAGUACCACAACCAGAACCACCACCACCUCCGCCGCUGCCGCCACCUCUACGAGCGCACCUCGCCAGACACCUGCUGCUGCGCAGCCCACGACUACUCAACCUGAUGAGGCCACUGUCUCUCAAAUGCGGAGCCUCUCUGCAGAGGAGAGGGGCAGGAGGCUGGUCCAGGCGGCUGAGGUGGGGGCAGUGGGGCAGCUGAGGGCGCUGAUCGCCGCAGGGGCCGACGUGGGGGUGAGGGACGGGUGGAAAGUAGCGGCUGCGCUGCUCGUCGCGGGGGCCGACAGGGGGGCCACAACUCCUGGUGGGCAGACAGCGCUGGACCUCGCCAGGCAGCGGAACCACGCCAGGCAGCGGAACCACAGGCGGCUGGUGGAGAUGCUGUCAUGA